GCGCAGACAGAUCGUUGCGUGUGGACGGGCCUUUAUGACUCGCCAGUAUAUCAUACAUCGCCCUUGGGUUGCGCGCGGUAGAACCAAUGGUUUCAUGAGUCAUCAGACAGUUCUAUUUUCUUUUCGUGCGUAUCGUCUGCUACUCGCGCUUAUUGUCUGCUGCUGCGCAUGCGCGCCAGGUAUAUCCCGCGUGGAUGCCUGGAUGGCGUAUGUUACGUCUGUACUUCAGAAACCUGUUGAGUGUUGGUCAUAAUAUUCAUAUAUUUGCAAUAGAUGGGCUAUAGUAACAAGUGCUGUGGUUGUUGGUUGUAGGCUUAUUAAUACGGAAUGUUAUUGUUUUGUUGUAACGUUCAAAAUAGUUAACGAUGGCUUUUGAUCUGUACCCUAAGAGGGACGGUGAGGAAUUUCCAUUUUGCCUAUUGAACAGCGGCAACCUAAAUGAUUAUGCGUCUGCCUUAAUUCAUAUUUUAUCAAGUAAAGAAAUUCGGAAUAAUGACGAGAGAAAAGUUGCUACUUUGGAACUCUUAAGUUAUUUAGUACGACCACCAUCCAUUGAUUUUCCAUUUGAAGUCACUACAGCAAAUAUCUUGGAUGCAAUUUCAAUGUCCCAUAUGUUUGAUUACAAACAUCUAGCAGCAAAGGAAGCUAAAUAUUUAAUUGCAUUUACUGCUGCAUUAUUGGAGAUAAAUGCAAAUUUUGACAUGAAGAAUCAAGUUGUAGCAUUUGUAAUAACACAUUUUACGUCAAAUGUAUGUAAUGAAGGCACAGAGUUUCUUCAACAACUUUGGCAUAAAAGAAACAACAUUAGGCUCUCACUUGAAAACAUAGAAAAUCUGGCUGUGAAUCUCCCACUGUGUGUAGAGAGAACCAUUGUAAAUCUGUGUCAAGAAACUUUGAUACUAAAUGAGAGAGACUUUUCUGUCCUUCAAAACCAACUGGAAAAAAUGGAAGUGUCUUCUCUUAUUGAUUUGUGCUCAAAAUCACCAUCUGUUUUUAAGCUAUCAGCGUGCAUCCUUCAUGAGCUUUUGGUUUUGUCCAGUGCCCAUUCUAGAAUGUUGUGUAUCAUCUCACAAUUCGUAAGAGCUGUUCUGCACCGGAAGAAAGGUAGUAUAAUUGAAAUGUUCCCACCAGAAUAUCGAAUGUUGGCAGUGAUGAUGAGUGUGGACCCAGAUUUACAUCCAAAGGAUAACCAAGAUAAAAACUUUAAUAAGACAGUCACAGUUUCUGAAAUAAAAAAGAAAAUGGUGGAAGACAAGCGAGCUGUUGCAAUGCUUAUCUCAUAUUUUCCUAAGUGGCUUUAUGUACUUCUUGAAUUAUACAGCAUCAGGGAUGGUACCCCUAUAGCAGACAAGAUCUGUUGGUUGCAUUUAUUGGACUGCAUGUAAGUAACAGGCCCCUAUUAACACAGGAUUUCCUAGACAGUGUAAUAACACUUAAAACAUAGCUCUGUUUGUUUAUUGUAUAGUGUAAAGCACAAAAAUUAGUACUUUGUGUUUGUAUUUUUCUUGUUUUGAUAUUUGUUUCAAAUGAUACUCAUUAUUUCUUCUAAAAUCUGUGGUGGUGCUUGAUGCUUGUAAUAAAGUACAUGUUUCUGUAUGCUUCUUCACCA